CCUCCCUCCUCUCAUCCUCCCCCCGCCAAAACUUAUCAACACAUAAGGUAUCCAUCGCAACUAUUUCACAAUAUUGAUUCACCAUUGUAUCACAAUAGCCAUCUGCCGAGACCUGCUUCAGGCAUCUAUAGGUGUAGUUUUUACUCCCUAGCCUCUUUGAAUUAUUCUGUUUUCCUCUGCUUUUGCCCCUGUUUUCGCCUUCAUCGGCGUCAUGCAGGUGCCAUAGCUCUCUCUUUUUCUUGUCUCCCUUAACCACAAGUAACCACGGUGUUGCGGGGUUCUUCAAUACCACACCUUGCGACCCUUCUUUAUAUUUACUCCUACGCGAGUGGAAUUUGUUCGGCAUAGGAGUUUUUUUUUUCGGGCGCACCAAAUUUUGCCAGAAUGUCCUCAUCAUCUGGUACCCCGGAAUCUUGGAUUUCCUCCUUUUGUUCCCUCCUGGGCCACGAAUAUUUCGCAGAAGUGUCCGAAGAGUUUAUCGAAGAUGACUUUAACCUAACCGGGUUGCAGACCCAAGUCGCGAUGUAUAAGGAAGCUUUGGAGAUGAUACUCGAUGUUGAACCUGAGGACGACGACGAGGAGGAUGAGGACGAAGAAGACGAAGAAGACGAAUCUAUCGAGGGUAUUGACCGUCCGCGACACGGCGAACGACGAAACCAUAGUCGAAUAGCUAGUGAUCUGUCCGUUAUCGAAUCCUCCGCCGAGAUGCUCUACGGCCUAAUUCAUCAACGCUUUAUCUGUUCGCGGGCAGGCAUUCAACAGAUGUCUGAGAAGUAUGAGUUAGGCCACUUUGGUGUAUGUCCUCGAAGCCAUUGCGAACAGUCUCGGACUCUUCCGGUUGGGCUCUCCGAUAUACCUGGCGAGGAAACGGUGAAGCUAUUUUGUCCUUCGUGCCUCGAUGUCUACGUGCCCCCCAACAGCCGUUUCCAGACCGUUGAUGGUGCAUUUUUCGGCCGCACGUUUGGGGCAUUGUUUCUGCUUACAUUCCCUGAAUACGACCUUACAAGACGGGGCGCUGAUGUACUAGCAAAUGCGCGCGUAAGCGAUGACGAUAAGGAGAUGCUUAAUGGCAUGUACACAUGCAACAUUGCACCUGGACUAGGUGGCAACAAGAUAUACGAGCCUCGUAUCUACGGCUUCCGCGUUUCGGAAGUUGCACGCUCGGGCCCACGAAUGCAGUGGCUACGAGACAAACCGGAUAAUAUUUCAGACUUAGACGAGGCACGUCACCAUGCAGAGGCCAACCCCGACAGCGACGAUGAAGAUGAGAGCAUGAACCUUAAUGGACGGCCUGUUCGAAGACUACGACCACGAAGACGACAUGGCCAAGGAGGCAGUCCUAUGGCUGUAGAGGCGAAUGGGGCGGACUCGGAGCUUUAAAAGAACAAGCCGAAGAGCAGCGGUCACAGGAGUGGUGGAGGCGCGCGCCUUCGCCCGUAGGAAGUCCAUAUAUGAGGUACAAAACAUGAAUCGGACUAGACACGAUGUGGUUUGAAUUCUAUUAGGUCGAAAGAGUCGCAAUCGGGGUUUCUGUACUCAUCGUGGGCUCGUCCUUGGUUUGCCAAGAAGUAGCAUGGGACAACGCAGAUUAUCAGGUCUUUGUGCUACUGGAUAGGAAAAGGAACGAACGAACGCGCCCUAUACUUACUUCUACCUUGCAUGGCUGGCGUUGGUAAACAUUUCGAUGCUUGAUUCCAUCCAGGCAGGCUUUUGUUUGGGGCGAAGGGGGCUCUGGUUAGCAUUAAAGGGGAAAAGAGGACUACAAGUUCGGAGAAAGCAUACGAGGCGGUUUCUUGUGGAUACGAUGUAACUCGAGUUAUUAUGUCUUAUUUGCACGUGACACUCAAUCGGAGUCAGGGGCUCUUAUAGAUGGUCACCACACGUCGUAAUAAAUUCCCUUUCGCGCGCGUGUGUGAUGGAGCUAUAACUGUUUUGAAAGGCACAACAUAAUCUAGUCGUUGCUAGCCUGAGGUUUUAUUAAAGAUGAGAUGUUUGUGAAACCCUAGGACUACUUUUCCGUCUAGCACCUCGGAAGGCUCGUUAUGAGAUAGUGAUGCAUUAUGAUUCAAGUUGAGCUUCUAAGUGCUUGCAUUAGGUUAGGUACCUAUACUAGG